AUGGGAGCGAGCUCAUUAGCCGACCCCCCACUCGGAGCCUGGGACGCCGAGUCGGGGCCCAAGCGGAUUGCGCAGCUCCAGGACCAGCUCUGCUCGCUUAGGACAGAAUGGGAGUUGCAGGCCAGACGUUCCAGACAGCUGUUGGCAGCGUUCCAGCUGAAGCUGGAGGAGAAGGAGAUGGAGCUGCGGACGGCGCGGCUGGUUGUGGACCGGCAGAUGCGGGACGUCACCACGAACCUGCUGCAGGUGGAGGCCAAUUUGCGGCGGGAGAAGCGCCUGGUGCUCGAGCUGCUGGCCGAACGAGACCAGCUCAUCAGGGACCAACGGUUCGAAAUGGGCCGCCUGAAAGCGCUCAACAAGCAGCUGAUGCAAGAGAAACUAAACGGAUCCUCGUCAACCACUUCGCCAUCAUCAUCAUCAUCAUCAACAACAAUAAUGUCCAAUGGCUCAUCGAGUCCUUCGGAAAUUGCGGAAUCAGUCAUUUCCCGUGAUUCCACGAACUUGAAUGCCGCGGCGCCGCAUGCAACUCCGACCAAGGCCGCCACUAAUGGCGGCAUUCAGGCCAAUGGCUGCAAACGGUGGCGCAGUGACUCCGACGUCCUCACGCCCAACAUGAAGGUGGUUCGUGUUGGGUCCGCUGUGUCCUUUCUGCUCAACAAGAGCGAGUGUUCCGAGAGCCACUCCAGCACUGAGGACUUGAGUUGGCAAAAGGGUAAACAAAGGUCUUGGCAGCUUCCAAGUUCUCAAGCCAAUUCCUCAUCAUCGUGUUCAAUAGUGAACACCAUCAGUCACGUCUUGGACUCGACGUUCUCAUCAUCAUCAUCAUCACCAGCAGCUGUGUCCAACAACAUCAGCAGUCCGCCAAAUACCUCAUCAUCAUCAUCAACACCAACAUCAUCAUCAGUAGCAGCAGGAGAUGGACGAGGGUCUGAUCCCAACAGCAACGAAGACUCCAAUCGACUUCUCUCGUCAUCGUCGUCGUCGUCGUGUUUGCACGCUGACUUGAUGUCUCCUGAUGCUGCCCUGCUCGACGACUCGUUGGACCAGUCCGACAGCGGGUUCUUCAGCUCUUCCGGCCAGAGGACCCCGGAAGCCGGGGUUCCCACGCCACCUCUGCCGGCGAGGAGUCAUCAUCAUCAUCAUCAUCAUCAUCCUCAGAAUAACAAGCCGCCGUGGAUCCCGCCCAAGCCCGAUCACCUGGUGACCAAGUUGAAAGGGAUCAAGGCUGGGAAAGAAGCCAAGGUGGCGUCAUCUGUCGUCAGUAAGGGGAAGCUCGGUGGGAUCUUGAAGAAAACCAGUGUCAGCGAACCCAACCUUUUGUCGUCACGGAACCUUGUGAUGAAGGAAGCAGUACCAAAGAGACCCAGCAAGACGAGAUUGACUCUGUCCACUUCUAGUGGAAAUUUGACAGAGGGGAUUGUGCAGGCUAAUUUUGAAGAAUUCCACUUGGACUUUCCACCGGCUGCCUCACCAUCCUCAACAUCUUCUUCUGGUUCAGACUACCAUUCAACUACCUCAGCGCUUUUGGCAGUUUCUUUUCAUGCGCACAUGUCCGGGGGAACACGAGCCAAUGCCCGCUUCCCAGACACGGGGGCGUCUGCUUCGAUCGAAGCAGCUCUAAAAACUAAUCUCACGCUGCGUAAGGCGUAA